AUGGACAAGACACUGGUCGAGCUCGACGGCACAACGGGGGAGGGCGGCGGUCAGCUGGUCCGCAACGCUGUGGCGCUGGCCUCGGUCAUCUCGCAGCCCAUCAGGAUCGUCAACGUGCGCGGGAAUCGACAGUACGGCAAAAGUCGCAAAGGGGGAGGCCUAAAAGCACAACACGUCGCCGCCAUCCAGGUCCUAGCAGACGCCACGGCCGCCGACGUCUCGGGGCUGCAUGUCGGCAGCCCGACGCUCGAGUUCCGCCCACGCCGCGGACCGGGCGCCGACGCCAUCGCCGCGCUCCUGGCCGCCACCCCCACCACCACCCCCACCGGCGACCGGCGGCUGAUCCGCAUCGCGGCGAGCACGGCGGCGGCGAGCGCCAUGUGCAUCUUCCAGUGCGUCUUUCCCUUUUUGCUGUUCGCCGGCAGCGGUAGCGGUAGCGGGCCACAGCAACAACAACAACCCUUGGAGCUCGAGAUCGACGGCGGCACAAACACGUCGUGGGCGCCGAGCUUCGACUACGCCGACCAGGUGCUGUGCCCGGCGCUGGAGGCGUGGUUCGGCGUCGCCGUCGAGCGCCGGCUGGUCUCGCGCGGCUGGAACACGGGGCCCGCUAGCCGCGGCAGGGUGUGGUUCCGGUUCCGCCCGCUGCGACCAGGCACCGCGCUCGGCGGAUCGUCACCCGUGCCCGUGGCGCAGGAGGAGGGGGGCCCGCCACAGUCGUCUUUGUCGCCGGGCACGCUGCGGGCGGCAGAAGACACCACCGCCGUCAAAACCAUCGACGUCACCAUGGUCUGCCCCGCCGCCAUGGGCGACAAGCUAACCCGCGCGCUGGCCAAGGACCUCGCGGGCCUCUUCCCCGCAGCCGACGUGCGGUUCCGCCCCAGCGAGGACAGCGGGCACCGCUCGCGCAUGUUCGUGCUCCUGGUCGCGCGCCCCGCCGCCCCGAGCCCGCUGCUGUGGGGGCGCGACCUGCUGUUCUCGCCGCCGCCGCGCAACGCCCCCGUCGGGCGGGCGCGAGGAGGAGGAGGAGGAGGCGAUGGCGACGAGUGGGCGCUCAGCACCAGCGAGCUGCUGUCGCGGCGCGUGUGCCGGGCGCUGCGGGCCGACGUGGGGCGCGGCGCCGUAGUCGAUGAGUUUUUGCAGGACCAACUCGUCAUCUUCCAGGCGCUGCGCGAGGGGCGGUCCAGCUUCCCGCGGCGCGGCGGGGCCGAGGCCGAGGCGGAGGCGGAGGGGCUGGAGGACGCGAUGGCGGGUCUUGAUAUUGGCGGCGGCGGCGGCGGCGGCGAGCUGGAGCGGGAUAGGACGGGGGUGCCGUUUGGGGAGGGCAGCCUGCACGCCACGACGGCGCGGUGGGUGGCCGCGCAGCUGCUGCCGCGGGCCAGUUGGUUCGGUGGCGGGAGGGUGUGCGAGGGGGCCGGGGUGAGGGUUCAGAGGUAG